GCCGUCAUCGCCGCCGCAGCCGCCGUAGCCGCCGCCGGCCAGUGACUCUUACCGGUUUAGUAGCUGCACAGCUGUUUCGUGCGCGUGUUCGUCAAUCGCGGAGCUCGAGGAUUUCGCCAAAUGUUUUGGGAAAUUUUGGGUUGGAUACACAACAUUUAUACAAUAAUACUGUUUUCGUGGGGCGCGGGCUACUGUAUACAAUCGAUUUAUCAAUAUAUUACACGGUUCGUAAACACGAAGCUUAGAUUUAAGCCGAUUCGCAUUUAUGCUGUUUAAUGUGCGGCUCGUUGCCGCAUGAUGCGUACGUCUGGGAAAGUAUCGCACGUUUAUAUUGAUAUGGUGGGACAGACGACUGAAAAAAUAUGAAAGCUUCGCCGGACAAGACUGUGGACACUGACAACGUGGACAACGCCACUGUGGACGCGAACGUGAUCGGCGAUCGUGGCACUGCGGUCCUGGAAUGCGACAACGUGAUUGUACUGUCUUCGGAUUCCGAGGCCGACCAGGAGGAGGCGCGGGUCCGUGAGGAGGUGAAGGAGGAAGAGGAUGAUGAAGUGAGCAGACCACGUAAGUCUAAAAAGAAACAUAAGAAACACCACCACGGGGGCUAUCGUAUCGGGAAAAAACACAAGAAACGACCGAAACAGGGGAGUGGUGCAAUAUUUCUGUGGGCUAAAAAGCAAGAGACGCAAAUACUGAAAGUAUACUGCGAGGAUUACGAUCCGGGUAUCAAACUCACCAAGACCAACGGUGUGUGGAGUUCUUGUCCCAGGUCUAAGGUAUUGGCGGCCGCCCAAUCGCGUUCGUCCGUCUGUGUAGACGUCGGCGAGUCACAAAACGCCUGCGACGAGUCGGUCGAGCAGAAAACACGACCGGACGAUCAAAUUAAAGAAAGUACAAAAUCUGACCAGCCGAUACUCGUCGACCUCAACGACAACUCUAUCGACUUUGUUGACACCAUAUCUAGCGAGGAGGACGACGACGAAGUACAGACCAGGGCCAAAAUCGACCGAGCGCUCGAGAUGAUCGAACGGGACCCGGCAUUGAUGAGCGACGUGAAGAUUCCGUUGCCAACCAUCGACGCGACUGCGGCCAUCAAGUUACCCGAAGGUACGACAAUACACCAGAUCAAGGUCGAGAACGUCGUGAUCAACGGGGCCGUGUCCGGGACGACGCCGCCGUUGUUAUCACCCAAUACGCCGCCGGUGCAGCGCAAGUUGGGCGAGGUGACCAUUACGUCGCAGCAGCAACAGCAAAACGAACCGUUAAACCUGGAAACUGUAAGUAAGCGAUCUGCCUUAGAAAUACGAUUACAGGAGCCGCCGCUUAAGAGAAAACGCGUAGACAAACUGCUUGCGAAAUUGCCGUUGGUCGGCGAUCAGGUAAAACGCGAAUGGGAUCCGCUGUCCGAGCUGAAGGAAGUGCUUUCAGAUCCUGGGUUGUGCGUCCCCGACCCGUUGCUCGUGCCCAAGGCCAGGCUGGCCGCCCUGGUGGCCAGCCCGGCUACUGAAAUCCCGAAACUCUUACGAACGCCGUCGAUGAUGCCACCACCGCUCCCGGACCAUGACCUGUUUGCCGUCUCGCUGUCGCAUCUCCUGACGGUAUUGCAGGAGCAACCGGGCUACACGGAUGACCGCAAAUCGGAAAGCAACCAACCGUCGAACAUUGAUCAAAUGGUGUGGUUGUCGUACCUGUCGAAGGAGAUGGCCGGCGUCGACACCGAUCUGGUAUCCGCCAUUUUAAGCAUCCUACUACCCAACUCGACAACCACUCAACAAUCGUUUAGCUACCCUCGAGAUAAAAGUCAAUGGAACGACAUUUAUUUCGACGGCAAUAUCGAACCACCAUACGGUUCCACGCCCGGCUUCAGAAAAUCUAACGAUUAUUGUGCGUCGGUGUCACCACUUCCGCUGCCGCUGCCGCCGCCGCCGCCGCCGCCGCCACAGCCACAGCCACAGAUAUUACCACCGCCACAGAUAUUACCACCGCCACCACAGCAGUCGCAUACACUGUUAUUACCACCGUCACAGUCACAAAAUAUGUUACCACCACCAAAAGUUUCAGCACAACCUCCAAUAUUAUCACCGCAACAGCCUCAGAAACACCAACAAUCACAACUGUUGCCACCGCCACACGUGCAGCAGCAGGUGUCACGACUUUUGCCCAAGCGCCACAACACGACCCCACAACUUCGGUUGCCGUCACAUCCGCAGCAAACAACACAGCUGUUGACGUCGCGUCCACAGCAGUUAAUUCCGCCACAGCUACAGCAACCGGUCCUGCACCGUCAGUCGAAACGACGGGCUUGUCAAGAGCUGUGCUGCAACGGGUCACUGUCAUCGUGUUACAGGAGUAGCUACUGCCCCAAAUCGGGCAGUUAUAAUUCGUUCACCGCAGCCUCCCCUAAUGGCUGCAAUCAGUUAACCACGACUCCUGCUGCCAGUUGUGUUGGUGGCAAUCCAAAAACAUGUAUCCCGUACGCUGCGCCAGGCGUGAUACCAACUUGUUGCUUUCCAUCGGAAAUCGGUUGCGCGUACAACAGCCAAUCUCCGUCGCCAAUGCCUCCGCGAAAUACAUCCGUAUCGCCUCGCAACCGCGCUCAAUACAACUACCAAUCCGGUCCGGGGCAACAGCUACAGCAGCAGACGGAGGGUGGAAAUGGUGUCGACGGCUGUUGUAUUGGCGUCACCAGCUGUAGCAGUGGCGUCAUCGGUUGCAGUAGUGGCGUCGUUGGCUGUGGAAUUGGCGUCACCGGCUGUAUCAGUGGCGUUACCGGCUGUAGCAGUGGCGUUACUGGCUGUAGCAGUGGCGUUACUGGCUGUAGCAGUGGCGUUACUGGCUGUAGCAAUGGCGUUACUGGCUGUAGCAGUGGCGUUACCGGCUCUAGCAGUGGUAGUGGCGUCGCCGGCAGUAGUAAUGGCGUUUCUGGCAGUAACAGUGGCGUCAACAGCAGUGUUAGUGGUGGCACCGUUAGCGACAUCGCCAUAGACUAUCAAUGUUCGACUACGACCAAUAAACCGAAAACGCCACUGCCGGCGACUCCUACCAGCGGUGACGCCGGUCAGCCGGUGUACAGGCCCAAAAUCAAAGUCAAAGAGCAUUUGAUCGACCCAAACGCGAAACCGAGACUUUUGAACAUCGAAGGUGCCCUUCAUCUGGCUGCAGGGCAUGACCUGUUCAGUUCGUCUCUUUGGCACCCAUUGUUCGGCAGCCAAGCAAAGCCGUACGGCUGUCGGUGGCAAUGGACAACUCCAGUCACCACGUCCGCGUCGACUUCUUCGGACGACACGCCCGCCGACACCAAACGUUGAGCCGGCAAAACCACUGACCGGAGCGACGGGGACGACAAUGUAAUAUAUAUAAUAUAUUAUAUAUAUAUAUGUGUUUAUAUAUAUAAGCAGCGCACCAACAGUAUUUGUUUAUUUAUUUAUUUAUUUAUUAUAUUAUCGUUUACUUGUUUUACGACCCUCCUCGCAUACCCAUUUGGAGGUCUCAUAUAAUAUUAUUAUCUCGAAUAUAUACCCCCUCCCACAUACCCGCCACACAAUCUGGUUGGAUUUGACGUCAACAUUUUUUGUCAAAUACAAUUCCGACAAGACGUGUAUAACUGUAUACUAUAGCAUUGUAUUAUAAUAUAUAAAUAUAUAUAUAUAGGUAUAUAUAUAAAUAACGUUUAAGAUAACGUUGUAUGUUAUAUUAUCAUAUAUAAAAUAUUCCCCUUAGAGUAUAGUUUAAUAAUAUUAUGUAUGUUUGAUGUAUGUAAGUUGUAGUCUAGUAGCGGCCUGUGUCGGCCCGCGAGAAACCGCCGCCGUAGGAAUCGAUUGACCUCGACCUUUGCACUACUUUGCGUAGAGGGAUACGAUCGCUAUAAUACCUUACUGGUUGGGGGACCGACUUCCUCCUAUAGACUUUCCGCUGUCGGUCGUCGCAAUUCCUGCGACUGUAAAAUGUCUGUUUAAACAAUUAUAUAUGUACAUAAUAUUACCAUUGUGUAUAACGUCAUAUUUGUGGUGCUGAAUGAAAAUUCAUUUUCGUCAUAAAAUGUACUGUUAGUUUCUGUUCUUUUAUUGAUUUAUUAUUGUUCUCUUAUUGAUUUAUUAUCGUUCUUUGUAUUAAUUUAUUAUCGUUUGAUAGUUUGUUUUUUAUUCGGAAAACCGUUUACCAUACACGACCACGCAACCACGUGCACGCGGGCGCGCGUGUAUGUAUAUUUGUAUAGCCUGUGUUGAAUUUUUUUUUUGUAAAUUUGUUGUUUAAAACAAAAACCUAUUUUGUUUCUCGUUUAUUUUUUGUGUUACAUAUCAGCUAUUGCUUGGUUAUUUUCUCUGUGUACUUUGGUAUGCUGGAAUUUAUUACAAUUUUAUUGUUUUUUUUUACGUUCUACGUCAAUUAUUUUAGCCAUUGAAUUUUUGGAUUUAAAUAUUUAUUUAUAUCGGUUGAAUGUUGAAUGUCUUGUUUGAAAUAUAUUUUAUUUUACGUAAAUUAUUAUACAUUGAUCCAUAUAAAAUGGAACUUCUUAUUGUGGAAAUGCUGUAUAUUAUAACAAUAUAUUAACAUAUUAUGAUAUAUAAUAA